CUAUCUAUUGCCUUCCUCUUUCACACAAAAACACAUACACAUUGCACUUCUCUCUCUUUUCUCUCUCUCUCUCUUCCUCUGCCUCAAGACUAUUCUGUCUCUGUUUCUUUUCUGUUUCGUCUUGCAAGAAAAAGAAACAGAAUUAUUGCUUGGGUCAGAUUGUGGGAGAAGAGGCUCCGAAAGAGUGGAAAAGUUCAGAUUUUUUUUUUUUUUCUGGUGCUUUCCUUUCCUGUUGAAAACAGAAAGAAAAUGCUGAGACUUUGAUUGGGUUUUUUUUUUCUUAUUUUCCUCUUUAAUAUUGGAUUUGGUACCAGUUAUAUACAAACUCAAUCUCAUCCGCAUUGUUAAAUAUUCAAAACCCGUAUCACAAUCAGAUCUAUUUCUCUUAUUGUUGUACUUCCCUUGUUUUGUUUCGUACUGUAAUUAACAUAUUUGUCACCUUAUCCCCUGUUUCGCUCUGUUUUUGCUCUGUUCUUAGAGAAAAACAGAGAUGGCGGAGGAUUCACCAAAAUUUAUAAUUCCAGAAUCAUUUCAAAUUUCAAGAGAUGAUUUUGGAGCUCAAAUUGGACUCAUAUGGGAGUUGAUAAAAACCCCAUUGAUAGUUCCUCUGUUGACACUCGGUGUUUAUGUUUGCUUGGCCAUGUCACUUAUGCUUUUCAUGGAAAGGCUUUAUAUGGGUAUUGUUAUAAUCCUUGUUAAGCUUUUCUGGAAGAAACCAGAAAAACGUUACAAGUGGGAACCUAUACAAGAUGAUUUGGAAUCUGGCAAUUCGAAUUUCCCUGCCGUGCUUGUUCAAAUUCCAAUGUUCAAUGAAAGAGAGGUUUACAAGCUGUCAAUUGGAGCAGCAUCUAAUCUUUCUUGGCCAGCAGAUCGUUUAGUGAUCCAAGUUCUUGAUGAUUCAACCGACCAAGAAAUCAAGAAAAUGGUGGAGCUAGAAUGCCAGAGAUGGGCAAGCAAAGGAGUAAAUAUUGUAUACCAAAUAAGAGAAACUAGAGGAGGCUAUAAAGCCGGUGCUUUAAAAGAAGGCUUAAAGAGAAGUUAUGUUAAACACUGUGAAUACGUUGUUAUCUUUGAUGCUGAUUUCCAGCCUGAGCCUGACUUUCUCAGACGUGCCAUUCCUUUCUUGGUCCACAAUCCUGACAUUGCUCUCGUUCAAGCUCGCUGGAGAUUUGUGAAUGCAGAUGAGUGUUUGUUGACAAGAAUGCAAGAAAUGUCAUUAGAUUACCAUUUUACAGUGGAGCAAGAAGUUGGAUCAGCAACUCAUGCAUUCUUUGGUUUCAAUGGUACUGCUGGGGUAUGGAGAAUUGCGGCCAUUAACGAGGCUGGUGGAUGGAAGGACAGAACCACUGUAGAAGACAUGGAUCUUGCUGUUCGAGCUAGUCUUAGAGGAUGGAAAUUUGUUUAUCUUGGUGACCUACAUGUGAAAAGUGAACUUCCUAGUACUUUCAAGGCCUUCAGGUUUCAGCAGCAUAGGUGGUCUUGUGGUCCUGCUAAUCUGUUCAGGAAAAUGGUUAUGGAAAUAGUUAGAAAUAAGAAAGUGAGAUUCUGGAAAAAGGUUUAUGUGAUCUAUAGUUUCUUCUUCGUUCGCAAGAUCAUUGCUCAUAUGGUGACAUUUUGGUUCUACUGUGUUGUUCUUCCACUAACCAUUUUGGUUCCUGAAGUUAAAGUUCCAAUUUGGGGAGCUGUUUAUAUUCCUUCAAUUAUUACCAUUUUAAAUUCAGUAGGAACUCCAAGGUCAAUUCAUUUACUGUUCUAUUGGAUUCUCUUCGAGAAUGUGAUGUCUUUGCAUCGAACAAAAGCAACACUCAUUGGUCUGCUAGAAGCAGGAAGAGCUAAUGAAUGGGUUGUUACUGAAAAACUGGGAAAUACACUUCAAAAAAAUGCAGAAGCCAAGAAAAAUAAUCUUAAACCGCCAAGAAAACUCCGAUUCAAAUUCGGUGACAGGCUUAACACAUUGGAGUUGGGGUUUGCAGCAUUUCUUUUCUUGUGUGGAUGUUAUGAUUUUGUUAAUGGCAAGAACAACUACUUUGUAUACCUCUUCCUUCAAACAAUCACUUUCUUUAUCACCGGAAUCGGAUAUGUCGGCACCAUCAUUCCUAGCUCUUAGUCUUAGCAGCAGCAGAAGAAGUGGCUUCUGACACGGAAAAAUCCGCGUGAAGCCCUUUAUUGUUCUUCUCAUGUUGUGUCUAUGUUUUUCUCCCCUGCAACACAAUUUAUAAGUGGGGAACUAUCAGAAAUGAUUGAUUUGAGUUCACUUAAGAAAAAAAAUGUCAUUCCAUAUGCUUUGCUAGAAAACUAGGAAAGUCAUAGUCAUGACUUCUUUAGAGACAAAAAAAAAAAAAAAAAAA